UUUCCGUAGCUCUAUGGUGGAAGGUAGUUUCCUCCAGUUUCCUCCAUGUUUCCCCAGAGGAGUCUCCCUCGUGGUCUCCCUUCUCUAGCGUCUGCUCCUGCACCUCGCUUGAACCAACUCGACCCACCACCCACUGCUGUGGUAUACAGUUGGGCCAUAGAGAAAGAAAUUGGGCUAUUGGUAGUAGUUUUUGUAGUAGAAUCGGCACAGUGAGUCGCUAAGAGAGAUAGCUAGAGGAAAGUUGUGACAGCUCGUUCGUGGUUUCUGCCGGUGACGCUGCAGUAGCAGCGCUCAGGCGGACCUGUCGCGUGGCCUGCCGCGUGUAUAAUACACGAUCAUAAGCUUUCGCCUUCCUUUGUCACAGCGGUUAGUGUGUUGUGAGCGACCCGUAGCGAGUUCGGUCGCGGGACUUCGCGCUUUGUCUACGGAUUGCAUCAUCAAGGAUAAACGUCAGCGGCAAAUAUGGUUGACCUGGUGGAAAGCAUUCUGAAGCACGUCGCCGAGCAUGGGGCUUGCGACUCUCUGAAGCUGGCCCGUGUAAUGGACGUGGAUCAUCAGAAAGUGGUCGGCGCCAUCAAGAGCAUUCAGGCCUUUGGAGACGUUCUGCAGGUGGAGCAGCAAAGUGGCGAGCACUGGGAGCUGACCGCAGAGGGAACUGACGUGUGCCAGCAGGGAAGCCCCGAGGGUCGCCUGGUCCGCCAGCUGGCGCCUGAGGGCGUGCCGCGGGCAUCCCUAGGGCAGGGCAGCCAGCUUGGCCUGAGCAAGGCCUUAGCCUUGGGCUGGGUGCAUCUGGAUAAGGAGCGAGGCAUGGUGCGCCCAUCCUGUCCACAGCCACCACCAGACGUGGUGCAGGCCAGCCUAUGCCAGGUUCGUGACGGCCAGGCCCACCUGUUGGAUGAUGCCCAGCGGCAAGAGCUCAAACGCCGAAAGCUGCUGCGCCAGCUGGUGGUCAAGAGCUACCAGCUGCAGCGGGGCGAGCACUUCACCACCCAACUGAGCAAGCCAGAGACAGACCUGACAGCUGAGCUGCUGGCCAGUGGUGAGUGGCGGCAACGACCCUUCAAGGCGUACAACUUUGCCGCCCUGGGGCAGCCAACUGACGGUGGACACCUGCACCCACUGCUUCAGGUGCGCUCCGAGGUGCGUCAAGUCUUCUUGGAGAUGGGUUUUACAGAGAUGUCGACAGCGCGCUAUGUGGAGAAUGCCUUCUGGAACUUUGAUGCCCUCUUCCAGCCACAGCAGCAUCCAGCAAGAGAUGCCCACGACACCUUCUUCCUGAAGGAACCCAGCGAGUGCCAUCGGCUGCCGGUGUCAUCGUAUGUGGAGGCUGUCAAGCAGGUGCACUCAGUGGGGGGUCAUGGGUCUCAGGGUUACCAGAGCCCGUGGCUAGAAGGCGAGGCACGCAAGAACCUGCUGCGCACGCACACGACAGCCGUGAGUGCACGCAUGCUGUAUGCACUGGCCCAGCAGCGCCCCUUUGUGCCCUGCAAGCUGUUCAGCAUUGACCGGGUGUUUCGUAAUGAGACACUGGAUGCUACGCACCUCGCUGAGUUCUGCCAAGUCGAGGGCUUAGUGGCCGACCGGGGCUUGACGCUGGGCCACCUUCAAGCACUGAUUGGGGGCUUCUUUGCGCAUCUCGGCAUGGAGCGGGUGCGCUUCAAGCCAGCCUACAACCCGUACACAGAGCCUUCCAUGGAAGUCUUUGCCUUCCACCCGGGCCUUGGUCGCUGGGUCGAAGUGGGCAACUCGGGUCUCUUCCGCCCGGAAAUGCUGCAACCCAUGGGGCUGCCGCCUGACGUUCGUUGCAUUGCCUGGGGGCUGUCCCUCGAAAGGCCGACCAUGAUCAAGUGUGGACUGAACAACAUCCGGGACCUGGUUGGGCCCCGAGUUGACUUGGACAUGGUGCACCGCAGCCCACUCUGCAGAUUCGUGCACUGAGCACAACAGGUCUCAGGGUGUCACACUAAGCCAGCUCUUUCCAGCCAGUGACAGUUCUGGACAGCACAUUCAGUGCAGUAACUGGCAGGAACCUCGCUUCACAAGGCUUCAUGAAGAUUUCACAUUUUAUUUAGCACCAAGGAGUUUUGAUGGAAUUGCAUAAAACAGGUUGAUAUUUUCCA